AUGCACCUAUCCUCAACAGUGCGUCCACGCAAAAAAUUGUACGCGUCUCGUGCAUACAAUUGUGUCUGGGAUGCGUUCAACGUGACGAAUGUGGGAAGCAACGCGGAGCACACAGCAGGGCAGCGGAAGCAAACAAAGCAAAACGAUCAUCAUAAUUACUCUUACUUCAUACAUCGGACCACAGUAGACGUACACAUGUCCCCGUGGCUGAGUGCUGGCACGCACAGCCCGCGCUCCCUUUCAGCCCACAGCGGUGCACACACCCACGCAGAGCUGCUGAAACUGCCGUCGCUUUCGCGGAGACGUGACGGUGCGCGGAUGGUCGUCGUGGUUGACGCCUCUGUCGCAGCGGCUCCCAUCGUGGUAGGCAUCGUAUUUGAUGUCUGUUCCUCAAUUGAGUUCUCUGGCACAGCAGCUUCAUAG